CGAUAUCUACGUACGUUGAAAGUCGCGCGUGUGUACAAGCGUUAGACUGUAUUAUCCCAUAUUACGCAUAUCCCAUACCGAAACGGGCAACGUAAGCGCACAUUGACACGGAGCAGCGCGGGGGCUGCCCACGAGUACCAUAGUAGAUAUAUAUAGUGAUAAUAUCGCCUCGCGUGUGUAUAUAUUAAAAAUACGAAGAUAAGGAGAAGAAAAGAAAAGAGAAGAGAAAAGCCAUAACUCGAAAAUUGGACGUCUCUAACGUCCAGAAGAUAUCAUCGUCCAUCGGAGAGUUCUGUAUAAACACAUCUACGUAUAUUUAUAUCGGAAAGAAGGCGCGAAAGUCACCAACGACGCAACGACGAUCUUGCCAUAAUCUUCUACUACUCCUCCAGCGGCCAGCCGCCUAAAAUUCGUGUGUAUUAUAACGUUUAAAAAGCGUAACAGGACGGUAUUUUAUAUCGUUAUAACGCUCACGCGUUCAACGGGCUGUACACAGAGAGGAGGUAGGAGUAAAGAAGCGAUUCUGCAAAGAGCGAGGGCCCAAGACGACAUUCCGAGUCUUGGUCGUCGUGCGUAUGUACAGCACAAACACGCACAUAUAUAUAUGCGUAAUCUCCUGCUUUAUGUAUGUGUGUGUGUGCGAUCGUCGCGUGUGUAUCAUUCAGAGUAUAACAUUAUUAUAUAGUCGAGCGCGAACGCCUGAGCCAGUACAGUCCCGACAACGCUGGCAACAAGAUCGGACGGCGGCAGCAGCAGUAGGCAGCAGCAGCGAUAUCAACGUACAUUAUAACAUACGUAGUCAGCCACGCUACGUUGCAAAAAAGAAACAGAACUUUGGCACAUUUUUGUGUGAAUAAAAGAAGAAGGUUUUAAAAGUUGUAGGGCCGUCGAUUGAAAACGAGAGCGGAUCCUGGUCCCCAGAGGUUCUAUGCGACACGCAGUCCAUUCGCCCGUCAUCCACACGCCUCUCCCGAGUUUACUAUUGGUUCGGUGGAUUUAAUGUUGAGUUUUGUUGACCCAUCACAAUUGUUGUUGUGCCUUUGUUGUUAAUUUUAUAUAUUACUUGGUGUGUAUUAUUAUCGUUGGUGCGCGAUCAUAUAUCGAAUUGUGUCUUCGUGGAUUAUUAUUAUUAUCGUCGUCGAAAGUGUGUUAGUGUUGAGUGCCACUCCGCAUCAUCCUCGAAGCAACAUCGUCGAGCAUAUACAUAAUAUAUAAUAAAAGCGGCAGCCAUUCAUGCGAGGACGCGAGCGUGCGUACUUUUAGGGCUAAGUGCAGGAAAAGCAAGAGAGACCGAGACGACGGCCAAGAGGUCUCUCUUCUCUCACUUACUCUCGCGGCGGCGGUGUAUGUAUAGCCGCUGAGCAACCAGCGAAAGAUAUACGAGGAGUGCAGCGGCUGAGUGCGCGAGAAAGAGAAAGAAUAAGUUAGCAGCAGCGCGCGGUGGUGGCAGCGUAUAAGAGAGAAUAGCUGCGUCAGAGAGAGCGCGAAAGAGCCUCUACUCUGAGAGCGGUAAGAAGAACCGACUCGCAUAUACACACACACACACACACAGACGCAUAUACAACAACAACAACGCGACACAUUAGCGCACCAGCUAGCCAGCAACAACACACGGAGCAGCUAGCCAGGGAAGCAACAGGGAACAGCCACCAUAGGCGCGCAGCAGAGCAGCAACAUAGACCAAGGAGCGAGGCACGGACGACCGCGGCGCUCAGCGAUCAGUAUAAACUGAGAGAAGAAGAAGAUGGCGGACGAGUCGAGGGUGGACCGCUCGGACCCGGAGCUCAAGAUCCUCUCGGUCGACCGCAACAACUUCAACGACCCCGCAACUCAGGCGGAAUGGACCCAGAAGAAGCUGGUGUGGGUGCCUUCGGAGCAGCAGGGGUUCGUCGCCGCGUCGAUCAAGGGCGAGCUCAACGACAACGAGGUCGAGGUAGAAAUCGUCGAGACCGGCAAACGCGUUCACGUGGCCCGUGAUGAUAUUCAGAAGAUGAACCCUCCAAAGUUCGAUAAAGCCGAGGACAUGGCAGAGCUCACCUGUCUGAACGAGGCGUCGGUGCUGCACAACCUCAAGGACCGUUACUAUUCGGGUCUCAUUUAUACGUAUUCUGGUUUGUUCUGUGUUGUAGUUAACCCAUACAAGAAACUGCAAAUUUACUCAGAAAAGAUCAUGGAAAGGUACAAAGGGAUUAAGAGGCACGAAGUUCCUCCACAUGUGUUCGCUAUUACCGAUACAGCGUAUCGCUCCAUGCUCCAAGAUCGCGAAGACCAGUCGAUCCUCUGCACGGGUGAAUCUGGCGCUGGUAAAACCGAAAACACGAAGAAAGUUAUCCAGUAUUUGGCCUACGUAGCCGCGUCGAAGCCAAAGUCCAAUGCGUCUCCGAGUCCGGCAUUGAUAAUAGGCGAACUCGAACAGCAACUCUUGCAAGCCAAUCCAAUCCUAGAAGCAUUUGGUAAUGCUAAAACAGUAAAAAAUGACAACUCAUCGCGUUUUGGCAAAUUCAUUCGGAUUAAUUUCGAUGCAUCUGGAUAUAUCGCCGGGGCCAACAUCGAAACUUACCUAUUGGAAAAGUCGCGCGCCAUUCGCCAAGCCAAGGACGAGAGAACUUUCCACAUUUUCUAUCAGCUCUUGGCCGGUGCCUCCCCGGAACAGAAAAAAGAGUUCAUACUGGAGGACCCGAAGUUGUAUCCGUUUCUGUCGAACGGCGCGCUACCGGUGCCCGGCGUUGACGAUGUCCUCGAAUUUCACUCGACUGUCAAAGCCAUGAACAUAAUGGGCAUGACGAACGAAGACUUCCACUCCAUCUUCCGCAUCGUCUCCGCCGUGAUGCUGUUCGGCUCGAUGCAGUUCCGUCAGGAGCGCAACUCCGACCAGGCGACUCUGCCGGACAACACCGUGGCCCAGAAGAUCUCCCAUCUGCUGGGUCUGAACGUCACGGAAAUGACGAAAGCUUUCCUCAAGCCGCGCAUCAAGGUGGGCCGCGACUUCGUCACCAAGGCCCAGACCAAGGAGCAGGUCGAGUUCGCUGUCGAAGCCAUCUCAAAGGCGUGCUAUGAGCGACUAUUCCGUUGGCUGGUCAACCGUAUCAAUCGUUCGCUGGAUCGCACCAAACGCCAGGGUGCCAGUUUCAUUGGCAUACUCGAUAUGGCAGGUUUUGAGAUUUUCGACCUGAACUCGUUCGAGCAACUCUGCAUCAAUUACACCAACGAGAAGCUGCAGCAGCUGUUCAAUCACACGAUGUUUGUCCUUGAGCAAGAGGAGUACCAGCGCGAGGGUAUCGAAUGGAAGUUUAUCGAUUUCGGAUUGGAUUUGCAGCCAACCAUCGACCUUAUCGACAAACCCAUGGGCAUCAUGGCUCUUCUCGAUGAAGAGUGUUGGUUCCCCAAAGCCACGGAUAAGACAUUUGUCGAAAAACUAGUUAGUGCCCACCACGUACAUCCUAAAUUUAUGAAGACAGAUUUCAGAGGCGUGGCAGACUUCGCCAUCAUCCAUUACGCUGGCAAAGUUGAUUACUCUGCCGAAAAGUGGCUAAUGAAAAACAUGGACCCUCUAAAUGAAAAUGUCGUGAGUCUGCUGCAAGCAUCGCAAGAUCCGUUCGUCUGCCACAUCUGGAAAGAUGCCGAGAUCGUUGGCAUGGCGCAACAGCUAACCGACACUCAGUUUGGAGCUCGCACACGCAAGGGAAUGUUCCGUACAGUUUCUCAGCUCUACAAAGAACAGUUGUCCAAGCUUAUGGUGACCCUAAAAAAUACCAACCCGAACUUUGUUCGUUGCAUCAUUCCUAAUCACGAAAAGCGGGCCGGUAAAAUUGAUGCCCCUCUUGUGCUCGACCAACUCCGUUGUAACGGCGUUUUAGAAGGAAUUAGAAUCUGCAGGCAAGGAUUUCCAAAUAGAAUACCAUUCCAAGAGUUUAGGCAGCGUUAUGAGCUGCUCACUCCAAACGUGAUUCCUAAAGGUUUCAUGGACGGAAAAAAGGCCUGUGAGAACAUGAUACAAUCUUUGGAACUCGACCCGAAUUUGUUCAGGGUCGGUCAAUCUAAAAUAUUUUUCAGAGCGGGAGUAUUGGCUCACCUUGAGGAGGAACGGGAUUACAAGAUUACCGAUUUAAUUGUGAACUUUCAAGCUUUCUGUCGGGGAUUCUUGGCUCGCAGAAAUUACCAAAAGAGACUUCAACAGCUAAAUGCGAUUCGAAUUAUCCAAAGAAAUUGUGCAGCUUACCUCAAGUUACGUAACUGGCAGUGGUGGCGUUUGUAUACUAAAGUAAAACCAUUACUAGAAGUAACGAAACAGGAGGAAAAGCUGACACAAAAAGAAGAUGAAUUGAAACAAGUUCGGGAAAAGCUUGAGUCACACAAAGAAGCAGAGCGAGAAUUCGAAAGAAAAUAUAAUCAGGCUAUGGAAGAAAAGACCAUGCUCGCCGAGCAACUUCAAGCCGAAGUCGAGCUCUGCGCCGAAGCCGAAGAGAUGCGCGCCAGAUUGGCAGCGAGAAAACAAGAACUGGAAGAAAUCUUGCAUGAUUUAGAAUCAAGGGUUGAGGAAGAAGAAGAGAGAACUGCGAGUCUUAUGUCGGAAAAGAAAAAACUGCAAGUUAACAUCAAUGAUCUCGAAGAGCAGCUCGAAGAAGAAGAGGCAACGAGACAAAAAUUACAACUCGAGAAGGUUCAGUGCGACGGAAAAAUAAAGAAGCUUGAGGAAGAUUUGGCUUUGUCCGAAGACACCAACCAGAAGUUACUCAAAGAAAAGAAACUUCUCGAAGAAAGAGCUAAUGACCUUUCUCAAGCAUUGGCCGAAGAAGAGGAAAAAGCCAAGCACUUGGCUAAAUUGAAAACUAAGCACGAGGCUACGAUCGCUGAUCUCGAAGAGCGACUUCUAAAAGAUCAUCAACAACGUCAAGAAGUUGAUCGCUCCAAGAGGAAAGUUGAGACCGAAGUUUCUGAUUUGAAAGAACAAUUAGCCGAAAAGAAAACACAACUCGAAGAGUUGCAGCUUCAGAUGGGCAAACGCGAAGAAGAAUUGACUCAGGCAAUGAUCAAAAUCGACGAGGAGAGUGCCUUGAAAGCCCAGUCACAAAAGGCACUGCGAGAACUCGAGUCACAAUUGCUCGAACUCCAGGAAGAUCUCGAGGCCGAGAAACUCGCUCGUGGCAAAGCUGAGAAACUUAAACGCGAUCUCAAUGAGGAACUCGAAGCCCUGAAAAACGAGUUGCUCGAUUCACUGGAUUCGACCGCUGCCCAACAGGAAUUAAGAAGCAAGCGCGAACAGGAAUUGGCAACUCUGAAGAAGAACCUCGAGGAAGAGACUCAGUUACACGAAGCGACGCUGCAGGAAAUUCGCCACAAGCAUACGCAAGAACUCACCGGAUUGAACGAACAGCUGGAGGCAUUUAAGAAGACCAAAGCUGCAUUGGAAAAGGCCAAGAAUGGCCUGGAGGCGGAGAACGCCGAACUGACCCAGGAGUUACGAUCAAUCGGUGCCAGCCGUCAGGAAUCAGAUCGUAGACGUAAGCAAGCCGAACAACAACUUAUUGAGAUCAACGCCAAGCUCACGGAAGUUGAUGCCAAUCGACAAGAGUUGGUCGAAAGAGUAGCUAAAUUACAAGCGGAAGCGGAAAAUGUCAUGCAACAGCUCGAGCACGCUGAGCUUAAAGCUUCGGCCGCAGUCAAGGCUUCUACAAUGUGCGAGAGUCAGUUCAGUGAACUGCAACAACAGCUCGAAGAAGAAACCAAGCAGAAACUUGCUCUUAGUUCAAAACUUAGAGCUUUGGAAAGUGAAAAGGAAGCUUUAAGGGAUCAAUUGGACGAGGAGGAGGAGGCUAAGCGUGGAUUUGAAAAGCAAUUGGCUGCGCUCACUAAUCAGUAUGCUGAAGCUAAGAAGCGCGCCGAUGAGGAAGCCGAGGCCGCAGCUGCGAUUGAAGAGAUAAGAAAACGCUUGGUCAAGGACAUCGAAGUUCUUCAGAGACAAGUAGAAGAGCUCCAAGCUUGUAAUGAGAAACUCGAUAAGUCAAAAAAGAAGAUUCAAGCUGAGCUUGAAGACAUGACAAUUGAGUUGGAUUUACAGCGUUCUAAAGUGAGCGAGCUUGAAAAGAAGCAAAAGAAAUUCGAUCAGGUUCUAAUUGACGAGAAAAACGUAUCUAAUCAAUACGCAGAGUUGCGAGACGCUGCCGAACGCGAGGCCCGCGAAAAAGAGACCAAGGUUCUCUCGCUGACUCGCGAACUCGACGAGAUGAUCGUGAAGGUCGAGGAGCUGGAAAGAGGACGCAAGAGUUUGCAAGCCGAGCUUGACGAGCUGGUAAACAACCAGGGCACUGCUGACAAGAACGUUCACGAGCUCGAGAAAGCUAAGAGGCUUCUCGAGUCUAAAAUUGCCGAGCAGCAGUCCCAGGUAGAAGAACUAGAAGACGAGCUGCAAUGCACCGAGGAUGCCAAGCUGAGGCUCGAAGUCAACAUGCAAGCCAUGCGCUCGCAGUUCGAGCGCGAGCUACAGGCCAAAGAGGAGCAAGCCGAAGAGAAACGUCGUGGCUUAAUCAAACAGUUACGGGACCUUGAGGCUGAGCUAGAGGAUGAAAGAAAGCAACGUUCUGCUGCCAUUGCUCAACGCAAAAAGAUCGAAGCCGACUACAAAGAUAUGGAGCAACAGCUGGAGAUGCACAACAAAGUCAAAGAGGACGCUCUGAAACAAUUGAAAAAGUUGCAGACUCAAAUUAAGGACUGCACGCGGGAAACGGAAGAAGCUCGCGUCGCCAGGGACGAAUUGGCCGCGACCGCGAAAGAAGCCGAGCGCAAGAUCAAGGGUCUGGAGGCCGAUGUGCUGCAAUUGACCGAGGACCUGACGAGUAGCGAACGCGCCAAGCGCGUUGCCGAGACCGAAAGGGACGAAUUACAAGAGGAAUUGAACAAUAACGCUAACAAAAGCACGAUUCUGCUCGAUGAGAAACGCCGCCUUGAUGCUAAAAUAGCCACUCUUGAAGAGGAGCUCGAGGAAGAACAGUCCACUAACGAAGUUUUGAUGGACCGGGCGAGAAAAGCACAAUUAGCAAUCGAACAAUUAACGACAGACCUUCAAACAGAACGUUCAGCCUCACAGAAACUUGAAUCACAUAGAGCUCUGCUGGAGCGUCAAAAUAAGGAGUUGAAAGCCAAAUUGACCGAGCUCGAAACAGCACAGCGAGCCAAAUCUAAGGCGACGAUUCAGGCUCUCGAGAGCAAGAUCAACAACCUCGAGGACCAAGUCGACACAGAAACGAAGGAAAGAUUCGCCCAACAAAAGAUCAACAGAAAGCUCGACAAGAGGGUGAAGGAGCUACAGCUUCAAGUCGAAGACGAGCGAAGAAACGCUGAACAGUAUAAGGAACAAGUUGAAAAAGUUAACGGUAGAAUGAAGAGCCUGAAGAGACAGCUUGACGAAGCCGAGGAAGAAAUUAGCAGACACAAGGUCUCUAAGCGAAAGCAACAGAGAGAAAUGGAGGAUAUGCUUGAGGCACAUGAAUUGCUCACGCAAGAAUAUACCACCCUCAAAAAUAAAAUGAGGCGUGGUGGCCAGCCAAUCGGUGGAUUAGGCUCGACUAGACUGAAGCGCCCGUCUAUGCAGACUGGUGGAUCUGGUGACGACUCAACCACGCAAGACGAAAGCAUAGACGGCGAAGAAAACGCCAACUAAGGAGGCAAGAAAAAAAAGAGCGGGAAAAUUUCUUGAGAAUUCGCGAAGGACGACGCGCAGCAACGCAUAAUACAACUUUUCGAUUAAAAUUUACAUAUUUUACACGUACGCAAAUGCGGGGGAAAAAACGAGAAUCGUCCAGCAGCUGGAAUUUUUUUAUAUCAAAUAGGCUUCCAGGGUUAUAAACUAAUAAGCAGACAAUUAAUUCAGGGCAAUAAUAUCCCCUUUUCAAAGUAGAUAUACCUAAUAACGAGUCACAUCAUCGUGAUUUUUUAUGCUAUAAUGAAUUCGUGAGCGUAAGUUUUAUGAGAAAACGUUUAUAUUUUAUUAUACAUAAAAAAUGAUUAAAAAAGAGGUGACGUACUCGGUUCGCUCUUUUAUAUGAUGGCUAAAUGAUCGACGCUGCUUUAUAUACAGUCUUUGUUAUAUUCUUUACCCCAUGUUUCCUCUUACCCCCUUAUUUUUUACUAGAAUUACAUAUAAAUAAGGAAUAAUGCGUAUUAUACUAGUUAUUUCGAGAUGCCAUCGCACGAGCAAGCACAAGUUAUCAAACGUAACUUGUGUUAUUUUUUCUUUGUCUUUUUUAAACGACGGGAGUAUGAGUGAAUAAGAGUGGGUAGGGAUAAGAGAAUUUUUAUGAUCAUGUACAUACAUUUUCAAUCAUACCGAAAAAAAAUUAAAGAUUUUUGAGAGACCGUAGAACGGUUUUUUGUUGUGUAUGAAGGUGGUACGCGAUGAAAAUUAUUAAGCGUGCGUGCAAAUCUCUAAGGAACGGAGGUUCUUGCUGCUAUUGAGCAAUAAAAAGUUUAUAAACCUGUAGCACUCUUAGAUAGUACUAAGACAUUCAUUAUUAUGAUUAUUAUGUAUAAUUAUUAUGAUUAUUACAUAUUAUUACUAUAUGAUUAUUGUAUUAUUAUAAUUACAGUUAUGUUUAUAUGUUUCAGCCGUCAUUGAGAUUUAAUUUCAUUCGUAUGUCUAUUAUAAUUACGAAAAAAUCUGGAAAUACUAUUCAGUAUAAGGCGCAAACUUUAUACGCGUUCGAAGCUUUGAAAAACUUGUAGACAUCGUUAGAGCAAUACAACAGAGGAAUAUGUUUUCAAUAAGUCAUGUACGAAAUCUCUAGUUUGUCAAUUGGGCUAUAACUUAAGACUAGUUUUGCAUUUCGGUGCUCUUUCUACUUUUUUUUGCUUGCAUUGAUUGAAAGAAAAAAAUAUGUUGAUUGUUUGAACUUGUUGCUUUUCGAGCUCACGUAAAAAUCACGAUUUAUCUUCCUGGAAAAAUCCAUGUGGCAAUUAUACUUGCAAGGUGUACUUAACGCCUUUUCGCACGGUACUUAAUUUUUGAUUUAAAGACUUGCUUUUUCAUCCUUUUCAAAGAUUUUGUGUUGUUUAGAAGCAGAAAUCGGAAAGAGCGAGUAAUUAACACAACGAAUAUAUCCUUAAUUUACACGUUGUAAUCAUGGAUAUAGAAUUUUAUAAGAUAAAAUGGCAAAUAAAGAUUAAUUGAUUAUAUUCACGCGUCAAUUCUCACACGUUCGAUUUUACUAAAAGCAUUUUACAAGAAUUUUUUUGUAUUUAUAAAGCAUUUGCAAUGUAAGAUUUAUUCAGCAUAUCGGGAAAAAAGUACGAAUGAACAUUAACAUAAGACUAAUGAUAACUCGAAAGACUAGUAUAUUUUUUGAUGAAACUAAUAUUAUAUAGAAAUCGAUGAAUAUAAGAUUCAUGUACGUAAAAAAACCAUAACCAAUUGAUCUAAUGUAAAUUAAGCGCCUUAAUGCUAUUUAUGUAAUGUAAUUCUUUGAUAUAUUAUUUACGGGAAUUGUGCGUAACGUUGCCGAACCUUCGGACUCGAAGCCUCUCGACUAUUAAAUCGUUCAUCUUUUUUGUACAUAUUUAUAUCAAAUUGAGUAAAAAUAAUAAAAAAAAAGGUAAUGUUA